AUGCGUUGGACUCCCGCCGCAGAUCAACUGCUCCUGCUCAAGAUCCUGGAAACUCAUGAUCUGAGCGUCGAUACCACCAAGGUUGCUGAGGCAUGGCCUGAGUCUACCGACGGCGAGCCAGGACCCACUGCGCGUGCUAUCAAGGAGCGGAUUGCCAAAAUCCGUGACCUGGCCAAGCGUGCAGCAGGAGCCGCCCUGGACUGUGGAGCCCCCUCUCCCUCAAGCAAGCGCGGCCGUGGAAAGAAGGGAAACACCUCCAAGAACACCACUUCUUCGACCUCUACCUCCACUCCCCGCAAGCGCAAGCGCAAGAACGCUGAUGCAGAGAUGGAGCAACAGUCUGAUGAUAAAGCCACUGCAGAGGCACAGCUUGAUGAACUCCUGGACUACCCUAACGAGACUCCUAACGCCCAUCACGGUUACAUGUCUCCCGGAAAUCCUGUUUUGUCCGACGACGAUGCUUAA